AUGGAAGAAAUCCACAUGUCAGUUUUUAACCUCACUAUUUAUGUCAAUAAAAAUUUGAGUAAGUCCCUUCUGUUGAGUAGUCCUCCAUUUGGGAGACCUCGAGAGGAGGUGCUACCCUACGGUAUGUCUACCCAGCAGGGAAAUGAAGGCGUACUAAAAAUAGAAGUGCAGGAGGUGAGGAAUUAUGAAGCUAGUGACUAUCGAUGCGAGAGUAACCAGGGGGGAAUGUCCAACACGGGUGAGCAGGAACACACACGUACAGGAAGGACGCGUAAAGGGAGUCCCCAUUUCUACCUGAACAAGGUCAUACUAAAGUGGGUGUAUUGCCAACAGGGGGUGCUUUACGAGUACGCCAUAAGUGACCCCAUGGAUGUCACCCUGAAGAAAGACACGAGGCAGGAGGGGGGGAGACUCUCUUCAGUGACCACCGCCUACGUAGGAAUGUCCACAUGGUACCUACUACCAGAGCAUGCUAUUUUUAUACACGACUUGUACCUGCUGUAUUGCCAACACGAGAGGAAAAACUCCUUCGCUCGGAGGAGCAAAUUAAUCAGGAGGAACAAGAAAAGACGUCACGACACCGGCAGUGGAGUCACCCACUCCAACUGCUACAUAACUAUGGCCCUUAAAAACUGCCAUGUUCGUUUGUUCUGCAUUUCGCGCAACUUUGACAUCUAUUGGAGAGUCUGUAGAUACAUCGGUCAUGGAGAUAUGAAGCCACCAAGGGAGGCCAUCAAAGAGACUCCUCCCUUAGCCAGCAUCAGUGUGAGCUGCAAUUUGGUGUACCUCCUAAAUCCUGCGUCGAAGGGGGUAUCCCCAUCCAGGCGAAGUAGGACCUAUCGCAGCUACUUCUAUUUGAGCAAUGUGGCCAUUCAGAGCGACUGCCAAGACGAGGAAGAAAAACCUACAGAGGGAGGAGAGGCACCUAAGCAGCCCUUCCCCUUUCACCAAAACAGCAUUAAGAAAGUAAUGCAGUCCCGGUGGAACCAACGCAAUCUGGUGAAGUACCAACUGCAAGUGGACAUAAAAAGCCAAAUAGCAUUCGUGUCGGCCGACCAGGUACGCUCCUUGCAUGAGUUGCAAGAAGUAAAAAAUGAAGAACUGAAUAGAAGUGAGCAUACGUUAUGUCUUUGUGGACGUUUAUCUCUCCUCUACUUUGAUCCCCUCAAAAAGGAGAAUAUAAAACGGUGCAACUUUGUGCAGCUGCACUUGGAUGCCCACCAAGUAAAGGUCAGGAAAAGGACCCAUUCAAACAAAACUUUUAAGUUUUUCCAUUUUGAGAAGAGACUGUCCUCUCAUCAGGAGAGUCCCCUCAUGCCUGAUGUUUUCUCCGAGUCCUUUUACAAGACUUUUCGAGCUGGAAAAAGGAGCCAUCCUUGGGGCGAUGGCGCAGGCCGCUACUUCACCGUGGAGGCAACCGUGAGGAACGUCGACGAAGGGGUGAGCAAAGUGGUAGGAGAGGGGGCGGACAGAGUGGUAGGAGAGGGGGCGGACAGAGUGGUAGGAGAGGGGGCGGACAGAGUGGUAGGAGACACGACGGGCAAAGUGAUGAACGACACGGCGAACGAAGUGAUGAAGGACAGGGCGGACCGCCCCCCUCGGGGGGCCAGAAAGUACAACUCAGAAACGAGCAUCCGGGGAAGGGGCCUGCGGAUGAUUUACAAAACGAACGACUUUUUCUUCUUCCUGAAUAAGUACCUGCUGACCGACGUGUGCUACCUCUUCUCGGCGAGGCGCGCCAUGGAGGAGGCGGCUGCGAAGGAGCCUGCCGCGAGCCCUGCGGAGGGGUGUCGCCACAGCGAGAGUGACUACCUGCACUUCCGCGAAGAAGAAGUGGCAGACCCGUUCGUCCUCCGAAACAGCAUUGCACGGAAGAGACAGCUUGGGAACACCGUCACAAAAAUAAAAAAAACGCAAACACACAACACUGGAGAGAAGAAGCACCACGAAGGGUACAAAGUCAAACGAAGUGAAUUGAAGACACUCCCAAUCAGUCUGAACAAGUACCAACUCGUCCUAAACAAAGUCAUUAUCUUCGUUCCAUCUAUGAUCAACAACAGAAAUUUCAUAGUUGCGCAAAAUGACGUAGUCGUAAGAAACCACAUUAAGUUAAAAAAAAAAAAAAAAAUCGAAAUUUUAGACAAAACGAGCUACAAACUACUCCAGGAUGUAUUCCUCGAAAAUGUUUUGAGUAACAAUUUUGAGUAUGUUCAGGGGAGGCACUACAAGGGGAGAGCUUCUCUCUAUGGAAAAAGCUUACACGGAGAGGUACUCAGUAGAGACGAAGUAAAUACCAAUCGAGGACGACGAGUCAGAGAUUUGGAUGUACGUCUCUACUUCAUGCACAUGCAUGUCGAACUUCAAAAUGAGCACUUGGAUAGCAGAAUGAGUUACCUUUUUUGCAAAUUCGUUUUUGCAAGAACGGUGAGAUACUUGGGGGAGGAACAUAUCGUAACGUACGUUAAGGGAAUUGCUCCCCUAGUCAUGAACACCUUCUAUGAGUAUCCAUACGACAUUCUGAUGUGCCACAGGAAGUUGAACCCAAGGAAGUAUGCCAAAUGGCUAGCUCGCAUGAAGAAGGCAGAUGUAGAACACGACGAGCAGUCAUUCAAUUCGCUGCUAAAGACCAAGUUGAAAAAAUAUGCACGCAUAAAAAAAAGAGAAAGAACAACAUUCCACGUUGUGUACAAGCGAGUUAGACGAGACCACCUGGGGUGCGACGUAACGAACGAUGUGGAUAUAAAAAUGGAGAGGAUCUACCUGAACACGGACGUGUUGCAACUGUUCAAUUUGUAUAUAUUCUAUUUUGUGGAUGACCGGAACGUGCACCUCAGUAGGGUGGAAAAGGUGCUCCCCCGCCAGGGGCGCGCGAAGCUGUGCGCCAGGGCGCCCCCCCCAGAUCAGCAAUUCGAAGAGGAGGAGUUCGCAGAGGAGGAACUCCCACAGAAGGGACCCCCACAGAAGGGGCAUUCCGCGCACACGCGGCCGCCCCACCAAACGAGCAUGGAAACACUCAAACGGGAAAGCAUAAAGAACGCCCCUGCAGAGGAACCACUCGACACACGCAUCCUCACAGCGUACCAAAGGAUGGUAACAAAAUUGACCUCCUCCGAUUUUAGCAAUUACAACAGCAUCGUCAGAAGCAACAACGUGUACACGGUGCGCAUUCAAAUCAGACACGCCCACUUCAGCUUCAACUUUCUUUUUUACGAAAAUGUACGUGGAGUGAGGAGACUGCCAUUCAGGGGAACGAAGCAAAAAGGCAAAGCAAAAGAAGCAACGAGUGGAUCGAAGAAACCAACAGACGGGCAGUCGCACCCGUUCGGACUGACCUACCGGGGAAGCCUCGACUUUCACUUGUCAUUCAAUCUGCAAAAAAGUAUCCAUCAAAAAUUUGCAAAAAAGGCAAAGUACAUAUUUUUUAACAAUUACGUGGUAGACAAUUUUUUGCAAAAUCGCCUGAACAAGUCAGGUGAAUUGGAAAAUUUCUUGUUACACACAGUUAAUCACAUUGGGGACGAAAUGAACGAACAUGUGUACUUCAGAUGUAACAUAGAAAGGAAGAACUACUUAUAUUUGAUUAACCGAGGAGGGUCCUACUGCAUUAGUAGGAAUAUCAAUCUAUGUGUGAGUGCUCGGAAUGACAAGGUGAUUUAUUUUAAUCGAGAUGAGAAGAGUGUUAAAAUGGAGGGAUUACAAUAUAGGGAGGUAUUUCUCGAUAAGUUAUUCGGGAGGAGGAGUUCUCCCUUUGGGGGGGAAGACGAAAAGAUGGCACAGGAAAAAAAAAUCAUAUGCGAUGUGCAGUUGGUGGAUCACAACGGGGUGGAUAUAAGGAAAGGCAACUCGAACGGUGAUGCUUCUACAAACAGUGUGGACGUUGGCAAAAGCUUUAUUCGUGUGGAAACCCCCUGCACGAAGCCAAGGUACAUCGAUGUGCAUGUAAAACAAGCCAAUGUGGUGAUAAAGUUAGGCGACUUUUUUUACCUGGUCAGUAAGUUACACGAGCUGUUGCAUAUAAUGAGCAGACAUGAGGAGGUGAACGUGUGUCUCUUCAGAUUGAGUAAGGCAUCUGCGAAAAGAAAGGAGAGGCAUAAGUGCAAAAUGAAAAGAAUUAAGAGACAUAAACGCGAAAUAAAAACAAUUAAGAGACAUAAAUGCGAAAUAAAAAGAAUUAAGAGACAUGAGUGCAAAAUAAAAAGAAUAAAAUUUUUGAAUUACUCCACUUUUAUCGUGAGGGUCAUUCUCUCCAGUUUGGAUCUCCACCUAUUCGAAAGUGUUUACUACACAAAAUUGAAGAGAUACAAAAAGAGCAAAAUUUCACAUGUACAUGUUCAGGCAAAUUAUGAGUAUCUUACUUGCCAUAGGAAAAAUGAGACUCUUUUUAAAAGACACCAAUCGGAUCUCUCCCUGGAGAUAAACUUUGCAAAAAAUAACAUCUAUGAGGAGUUCACUCGGGGGAUAAGGCUGAAAAUUAUUUACGUUAGGACACGGAACCAAAGCAAUUUUAUCAUAAUUUUGGAGGACCACGGGGUGAAUAUCUUCCUCACGAAAAAUGCAUUUAGGAGUGUUCUCCGGCUGUACGAGGAGGCCAACGACUGGAGGAACUAUCGCGCCAGGGAAGUGACCCACCAGGGUUGGAAUCCUGAUGAAGGAGCAGACCAGGUUAUUGACGUCAAACAGGUUGGUAGGUGUGCUGCAAACCGCAACUGCGAGACGCACAAUGAGGCAAGCCGUGCUCAGUCCAGGAGAAUCCAAAAGAGAAAGCGAAAUUAUGAAGAAGGGGAGAGCAUACACAACUGUGCAGGAGGGGGAAGCACGCAUGGUUGUUCAAAGGGGAGAGGUACACACAAUUGUGCUGAAGGGGAAGACAAGGCGGGUGGCUCCACCUUCGUGAGGAGAAAAAGUUCGAAGUUGGGGGCCCUUCUGCGCAGCAAACACUUCAACUUCGCCCACGACGAUUACACAGUGGUGAAUAGGACGUACGAACGAGUGGCGACUUACCGAAGCAGCGAAAUAAGUCACUCUCCAUUUGAUAGAAGCAACCCGGUGCACAUGCUCUACAUGCGACGAAUGAAAAGCUUUGUAUUCCCAUCACUAACAUCAAAGUGGAGAGAAAGUGGGGAGCUUGUCCUGUCAUGUGAGCACUCUCUCUACAUCGUCUCCUCAACUGUGUGCAUCUACAAUGAUACGAAUCACGACAUGGUCCUCCUGAUUAAUAACCAUAGAAUCGUUUUAUUUGCAAAGAGACACACUUACUUGAGUAGACACAGAUGCAACAUAAAACGGGAUCAUUUCAUGUUGGUUCUUUUUUACAAAAAGGGCUUGUUCAUUUCAAGCAAGCUGUCUCUGCACGAUUUUAAGAGUGCCAAUAUUGUGGGGAAGGAAAAACUGCACCAGUUUAUGACCAAUAAAAGAGUCCGCGAGAGUGCCCAAUUCGUUUGCGCAGAAGGGGGGAGAAGUAGUCCUAAUGGGGGGAGAAACAGCCCUAAUGGGGGUAGAAGUUAUCCUAAUGGGGGCGAUGAUUCAAGUGAAGCCAGCAAGCCGCUCACCAGGGAGUUCCCCCCGAGGGAGAAGACCCCCCCGAAGGACCUCAUCAACCAAUACAGCUUGUACAACCACAUGAAGAGAAAAAUUGCGAAAAUGAUUUUAAACGAUGAGUGGCUCUCCGACAAUUGGAGUACCAAUGAUGACCGCAUUUGGACCAACCUCACGUUGAUCCAAAAUGAGAAGACAGACGAUGGGUCACUCUAUCUUAAUAUCGGCUCAGUCGUAAAGAUGAGGAAUACCCUACCUAUUAGGGUGCACUACAGGAGUGGCAACACCUCAUGUAGCGUGAAAGCUUUUUCAUCGAAAGAGGUUUUCUCCAGCGAUUUGGACCUAAACGUAAGUUGCAACACUUUGAAGGGCACCAAGCUGAAUAUAACCUACGACAAACGGUUAGGCUUCUCCCCCCUGGGGGAUCCAUCGGUGUGUCCCGCUGCUAGCCAGUACCCACAGAACAGUGAACCCAAGGAGGAACACACAAAGGGGGAAUUCCCUCCACAGGGGAGCUCCGCACAAGUGGAAGGAUUCAACUCGGGAAAGCAGCGUCACGAUCAUGAGGGGGUGACCCACAAGGGGGUAACGCACAAGGGGGCGACUCACGAAGGGGUGACUCACGAAGGGGUGACUCACGAAGGGGUGGCUCACGAAGGGGUGGCUCACGAAGGGGUGACUCACGAAGGGGUGACGCACUACUACGCGAAUGCUAUAAAAUGGAACUCCGAAAUUGUUGUCACGUGCCACACGUUGAUUUGUCUCUACGCCGAUGAGUUGAAAAUCGUCGAGGUGAACAAGAAGAGAAUUUACUUCGCACAUUCGUCCAGGAGAGUUAGCGGUACAGCUAAGUGCGAUCAAAGUAGUCUCCCUUCCUCUACCCCCCUGACCUUCCCACUAAAACGACUUAACCUCUACCUCGGCAUGUACAACGAGCUUGUGAGCAGCAUCCGUGUGGGAAGUUGCAAAAUUAGUGGCUUACCUAUUAACAGCUUUAAAGAGGUGAGCAUACCUACCACACACAAAAAAGGCAGAGAAUGCUCAUCCUACUACGCAGUAGAGUAUACAAAAAACUGCUUACUUGGGAGUUACAGUCGGUACAGCAGAGUCAGUUCCCUAUUGAUUAUCUACCCACGGUUUAUUAUGCUGAACCAAACGAACUACAAUAUCGUCAUGUCCUGUUCCUGCAGUAGUGACUCCAUGGUAUAUACAUUUGAGCGUAGGUCUCGAUCUGUUCUCAACCUCCUGGAGAGUGAUGCUAAACGGAGCUUUUUCUUUCAAAUUGGGAAAUAUAACCUAAGUAACGAUUAUGUUUUUAUGAGUGGAGGAAUAGACAUCACGAAAGAAGGGUCCUACAUUUUGUGCUUCACCAAAAAGGGGUCUCCAUCAAGCAGUCUGCGCAGUUUUCCCCAAAGUGGAGCUAAAAAUCACCUGAACAACUUCCCCCAAAAUGGAGAGAAAAAUCACCAGCACAACUUCCCCCAAGAUGGAGCUAAAAAUCACCUGAACAACUUCCCUUCAAAUGGAGAGAAAAAUCACCUGCACAACUUCCCCCAAAAUGGAGAGAAAAAUCACCUGCACAAGUCAGGCAAAAGUGAAAAAAUAAAAACGCAAUUUGUGCAUCUCAAAAUAAGAGUAAUAGAAGGGAGUAAGUUAAAAGAAAAGAGUGGCAAUCACUGGGGAUCCAACUCCUUCUUCGUAAUUAUCUCUAAUCAUAGAACGAAGAAAAACAAACUGAAAAAAUAUCUCACCAAAGUGAACUCUCCAAAUGUCUUAAUGCACUCCAUGGAAAGGAAAGAAAACAAAAACACCCUAAUGCACAUCUACCAUUUUAUUAAGGAGGAGGAACAAGUAAAAAAACUUUACGUGUAUAAUGAUAUGGACAUAGAUCUCAUUUUUGAUAUUUUUCACUUCAGUGAGUUUGUAUACAUGAUUAAGAAAGUGGUGGAAGAGGAGAGCACCUCGUCUAAACGGAUUCAUGGGGAGUGUACUUCAAACCAAAAAGGAAGCGAUCAAACGGAUGAACAGAAACGAACAGUGGAUUUUUGUACCUCCCAAGGGAAACACAACCGGCCAAAAGAAAGCUUCUUCAGAAAUAUAUUCCUCGUCGAAAGUAGUGAUAAUAACUCCAGUGGAGAUGAUCUCAUUCAAAAAGAACAGCAAGCCAAUUAUGAUACGGCCAAGCUGACUAAGCAUAACGUGAGCUACAUCUCAAACCACGUGAGUGAACUCAAAAAAUAUGUCCAAGAAAACCUGAGACAACUCCGACGAAUAGGGAGAAAAAGCGUACGUUUGUUCCCCCUGCGGAAGAACAAAAAUGUCAAGAAUUCCUUCCUUGUGGUGUAUCCGUGGCAGCAUUCAAGGAGGUACCAAAUUGUGAAGCUUUCUCUAAAGAGGAAGAAGCACGUGCUGAGCUUCGCUCGCGACUAUCGAAGUGGAACCCCUGAUGAUCCUCCCCUCGUGGUUAUCCUCGAAACGUUCAUUCUGAGUAAAAAGGGGAAAAAAAAAAUCCUCGUGAAGAUCUCCCAACACGUCGAUAAUAUAGUGCAUAUCCGUGGGAAGAAUAAAAACGUCACCCUCGUUGAGAGUAAGAACAGUUAUAAAUUUAUUUUCACCAAUAGGAGGAAGGAAACACCGGAGGAUGGUCUACAUCUCUACCUGAGCAUCGAGAAGACCAUCCGAAUAAAUAUUUUUUCGACUGUCUUGGUGGAAGGAGAUGGAGAGGGGAAGCUAUCAUCUAUGGAGAGCGGGCAGAAGGGGCAAGAAGAAUUGGGAGGCACACCGAAUGAUAGAAGACUGUACACCAUGACUCACUCCUCUCAGAGAGGGGAGCUCUUUAAAAAGAAAAAGAACUCUCAUCUAUGCACCCUCAUGUUGAGAAACACAAGCAUGUUCGUUGGUCUACAUAAAAACAAACCGAACGUAAUUCUGUUAUCUCUUGGAGAUGCCAUCCUAAUGGAGUUUGCAUCUGCCGAGAUGAAGAAAGUACUUUGCAAGUAUGACAUGAAGGAGGGUCUACACAAUGGAGAGGGAGACAUGACCCCCCUGGUGACGAGUGAAGGGGUCCAUACGGACCACCUAAGUAGAAGCAACUAUUUCGCACGUCUACACAUGGAGUACGAAAUUUCACCCAAGAAGUGGAACAUUAAGAAAUUCGAGUUAGCCCUUUCGCCU